AUGCUCGACCGCGCGUGGACGUACUCUCCCGCGGACGCUCUCGCGCACUACGGUACAAAUCCAAAAACCGGUCUCGACGACACACAAGUUGGCAAUAACCGCGAGCUUUACGGCGAGAAUGUGCUCCCCGAAAAGUCGCCCAAGUCGCUCUUGUCGCUCAUCCUCGCGCAGUUCGAGGACCAGCUUGUGCUCAUCCUCCUCGGCUCGGCGGUUGUAUCUUUCAUCUUGGCGCUGUUCGAGGACGCCGAGCAGAUCGGCGGGACAUGGUUGACGGCGUUCGUCGAGCCCCUUGUCAUCCUCCUCAUCCUCAUCGCGAAUGCGGCGGUUGGCGUGACCCAGGAGACAAACGCAGAGACGGCGAUCAACGCGCUGCGCGAGUACUCACCCGACGAGGCACAAGUCCUGCGCGACGGGCAGGUCGUGCGAGUCCCCGCGUCGUCGCUCGUGCCCGGCGACGUUGUGUCGGUGCACGUCGGCGACCGCAUCGCUGCCGACUGCCGCAUCCUCUCGUUCUCGUCGAGCAGUUUCCGUGUCGACCAAGCGAUGCUUACCGGUGAGAGCAUGAGUGUCCCCAAGACCGAGGCGGCUGUCAAGGACGACGCGGCGGUCAAACAGGACCAGACGAACAUGCUCUUUGCCGGGACGACGGUGGUGAACGGCGCUGCGCACGCGCUCGUCGUGUUCACUGGCGAGAAGACCGCACUGGGCUCGAUCCACCAGAGCAUUAGCGCGGAUGACGAGGACGAGAAGACACCGCUUAAGCGCAAGCUUGACGACUUUGGGGACCAGCUAGCCAAGGUCAUCUCGGUGAUCUGUUUGCUUGUUUGGCUGGUCAACAUUCGGCACUUUGGUGACGCGAGCCACCGCGGAUGGCUCAAGGGCGCGAUCUACUAUCUCAAGAUUGCCGUGGCGCUUGCGGUCGCAGCAAUCCCUGAAGGCCUGGCUGCCGUCAUCACCGCCUGCCUCGCGCUUGGGACCAAGAAGAUGGCCAAGCGCGGUGCGAUUGUCCGCAACCUUCCCUCUGUCGAGACCCUCGGGUGCACCAACGUCAUCUGCUCAGACAAGACGGGGACGCUUACGACCAACAACAUGAGCGUCGCGCGCUUCCUCACUGCGGCUACGGAGACAGCGUUCGCCGAGUAUAACGUCAGCGGCACGACGUACGAGCCUGUGGGCGCGGUCACGACGCUGGACGGGCGACACGCAGAGAGAGCCGUUCUGCGCACCGCGCCGGUCGACAAGCUCGUUGAAAUUUGCGCGCUUUGCAACGACGCCCGUGUCGCGUACCACGCUGACUCUGACUCGUACUCGGCCGUCGGCGAGCCGACCGAGGCGGCAAUGAAGGUACUGGUCGAAAAGCUCGGCGGUGUCGAUGAGCGCUGGAAUCAGACCCUCGCGGAUAUGGACCCUCGGCAGCGUGUCAUGGCUGUCAACCAGCAAUACGAGGGCGCCAUUGAGCGCUUGCUCACGUUUGAGUUCUCACGCGACCGCAAGUCGAUGAGCGUGCUUACGGGCUCGAACGACUCCAUUUCGCUUCUCGUUAAGGGCGCACCCGAGUCUGUCAUCGAGCGUUGUACCAAGGUGCUCCUCCCCUCUGGCGAGGUCGCUCUAACCGACACGCUGCGCGAGCGUCUCGCCGACGUGCUGCUCGAGUACGGACGACGGGGGCUGCGCACCCUCGCGCUCGCAUACGUGAGCGAGAGCGAUGGCGACGUGUCGAACUACAAGACGGACCGCGCGGAGGACUACGUGCGCUUCGAGCAGGACAUGGUCUUCGUCGGCCUUGUAGGUAUGCUCGACCCUCCGCGCCCCGAAGUGCGCGAAGCUAUUGCCAAGUGCCGCAUGGCGGGUAUCAGGACAAUUGUGAUCACGGGCGACAACAAGAACACGGCUGAGACGAUCUGCCGCGACAUUGGCGUGUUCGGCCGUGACGAGGAUCUGACGGGUAAAAGCUACACUGGGCGUGAGCUUGACGCGUUGAGUCACGAGGAGAAGAUCGCUGCCGUUCAGCGUGCAAGCCUGUUCUCGCGCACAGAGCCGAACCACAAGCAGCAGCUCGUCGACCUGCUCCAGGGCCUCGGACUCGUGGUGGCCAUGACGGGAGACGGUGUGAACGACGCGCCAGCGCUCAAGAAGGCGGACAUUGGCAUCGCGAUGGGCUCUGGCACCGACGUCGCCAAGCUCGCUGCUGACAUGGUGCUCGCCACGGACAACUUUGCGACGAUUGAGCGUGCAGUCGAGGAGGGUCGCGCAAUCUACAACAACACCAAGCAGUUCAUCCGGUAUCUCAUCUCGUCGAACAUCGGCGAGGUUGUUUCCAUCUUCCUCACCGUUCUCCUCGACAUGCCCGAGGCGCUCACGCCUAUCCAGCUCCUCUUCGUCAACCUCGUCACGGACGGCGGGCCAGCCAUCGCGCUCGGCUUCAACCCACCCGACAGCCAGAUCAUGCGCACCAGACCACGCGGCGCGGACGACCCGCUAAUCGGGCGCUGGCUCUUCGUCAGAUACCUCAUCAUCGGUAUCUACGUCGGCGCGGCCACGGUCUUCGGAUACGCGUGGUGGUUCAUGUUCUACGAGGGUGGUCCACAGAUCAGCUUCUACGAACUGACACACUUCCACAAAUGCAGCGAGCUCUUCGCCCACCUCGACUGCGGGAUCUUUGCGGCCUCGAGCUCGGCCGCGCGACACGGCGCGACCAUGUCCCUAUCGAUCCUGGUCGUGAUCGAGAUGUUCAACGCGUGCAACUCGCUUUCAGAGAACGAGAGCCUGCUCUCGCUGCCGCUCUGGGCGAACCCGUAUCUCAUCGUCGCGAUCGCAGUCAGCAUGGUGCUGCACUUUGCGAUCCUGUACGUACCCUUCCUGGCGACCUUGUUCGGCGUCACGCCCCUCUGCUGGGAGGAGUGGAAGGCGGUGAUCGUGAUCUCGGCACCGGUCAUCCUCAUCGACGAGGUGCUCAAGUUUGUAACCCGGACGUGUAUCGAACCUCUAUCGGAGCCAGAGCCAGAGCUUGAGCCUGAGAUGGAAAAGGCAAACGGCAAGUAUUAG